GGCCACGGUCUCUCCCCAUCCGGGGCAGCCGGGAAUGGCUGAACCUGGGGUUCGCCGCUACCGCCCCUGCCGCGGCCGCCGCCGCCGCCGCCACCAGCUUUCUGCUCAGGCCGCAGGACUUUAGCAUCUUGAAUCAUUUUGGGUUCAUUGCCUUCAAGACUGACCUGGUCAGAGUUCAUCAUGUUGAAGUUAAAAAGCUCAGAGUCAGUCCGGGUGGUGGUUCGUUGUCGGCCCAUGAAUAGCAAGGAAAAGACUGCUUCCUACGACAAGGUGGUAGAUGUGGAUGUGAAGCUGGGGCAAGUAUCUGUGAAGAACCCCAAAGGUACAGCCCAUGAAAUGCCCAAGAUGUUCACCUUUGAUGCAGUCUAUGACUGGAACGCCAAGCAGUUUGAACUCUAUGAUGAAACGUUCCGACCGCUCGUGGACUCUGUGCUGCAAGGUUUCAAUGGGACAAUUUUUGCCUAUGGACAAACUGGGACUGGGAAAACCUACACGAUGGAAGGGGUUCGUGGUGACCCUGAAAAAAGAGGGGUCAUCCCCAACUCAUUUGACCACAUUUUCACACACAUCUCUCGAUCCCAGAAUCAGCAGUAUCUGGUCAGGGCUUCUUACUUAGAGAUCUACCAGGAGGAGAUCCGAGACCUUCUCUCAAAGGACCAGACCAAAAGGCUUGAGCUUAAAGAGAGGCCUGACACUGGGUUGUAUGUGAAAGACCUGUCUUCCUUUGUCACCAAGAGUGUGAAGGAGAUAGAGCACGUGAUGAAUGUGGGCAACCAGAACCGCUCUGUGGGUGCAACCAACAUGAAUGAGCACAGCUCACGUUCUCAUGCGAUCUUCGUCAUCACUAUCGAAUGCAGUGAGGUGGGCCUUGAUGGUGAGAACCACAUCCGUGUAGGGAAACUGAAUCUUGUAGAUCUGGCUGGCAGUGAACGGCAAGCCAAGACCGGUGCGCAAGGGGAAAGGCUGAAGGAAGCAACCAAGAUCAACCUCUCCCUUUCAGCCUUGGGGAAUGUCAUCUCUGCCCUGGUGGAUGGCAAAAGCACACACAUUCCAUAUCGAGACUCAAAGCUUACCAGGCUCCUCCAAGAUUCCCUUGGUGGCAAUGCCAAGACUGUGAUGGUGGCCAAUGUGGGGCCUGCCUCUUACAAUGUAGAAGAGACUCUGACCACCCUAAGAUAUGCUAACCGUGCCAAAAACAUUAAGAACAAGCCAAGGGUCAAUGAGGAUCCAAAAGAUGCCCUCCUUCGAGAAUUCCAGGAAGAAAUUGCUCGGCUCAAAGCCCAGCUGGAAAAACGGUCCAUUGGCAGAAGGAAGAGGCGAGAGAAGCGGAGGGAAGGUGGUGGCACUGGUGGGGGUGAAGAGGAGGAGGAGGGAGAAGAGGGUGAGGAGGAAGGGGAUGAUAAGGAUGAUUACUGGCGGGAACAGCAAGAAAAACUGGAGAUUGAGAAGCGGGCCAUUGUGGAGGACCACAGUUUGGUUGCAGAGGAGAAGAUGAGGUUGUUGAAGGAGAAGGAGAAAAAGAUGGAGGACCUACGACGAGAGAAGGAUGCUGCAGAGAUGCUGGGUGCCAAAAUCAAGGCUAUGGAGAGUAAACUACUUGUUGGAGGAAAAAAUAUAGUAGAUCAUACAAAUGAACAACAGAAAAUCUUGGAGCAGAAACGGCAAGAAAUUGCAGAACAGAAACGUCGAGAGAGAGAAAUCCAGCAGCAGAUGGAAAGUCGAGAUGAGGAGACUUUGGAACUUAAAGAGACAUACAGCUCAUUGCAGCAAGAAGUGGACAUCAAGACCAAAAAACUCAAAAAGCUCUUCUCCAAGCUUCAGGCAGUGAAGGCUGAGAUCCAUGACCUCCAAGAAGAGCACAUUAAGGAACGCCAGGAGCUGGAGCAGACGCAGAACGAGCUCACCCGAGAGCUGAAACUCAAGCAUCUUAUUAUAGAAAACUUUAUCCCUCUGGAAGAAAAGAGUAAAAGUAUGAAUAGAUCAUUUUUUGAUGAAGAGGAAGAUCAUUGGAAAUUACAUCCUAUAACCAGACUGGAGAAUCAGCAGAUGAUGAAGCGGCCAGUCUCCGCUGUUGGCUAUAAGAGACCAUUGAGCCAGCAUGCAAGAAUGUCCAUGAUGAUUCGUCCAGAGUCCCGAUACCGGGCAGAAAAUACGAUGCUCUUAGAACUGGACAUGCCCAGUAGAACCACAAGAAAUUAUGAGGGCCCAGCCAUUGCCCCCAAGAUCCAGGCUGCAUUGGAUGCAGCUCUACAGGAUGAAGACGAGAUUCAGGUGGAUGCAUCAUCCUUUGAAAGCACUGCAAUUAAGAAAUCCAAGGCCAGGCCUAAAAGUGGAAGGAAGUCGGGAUCCUCUUCUUCAUCCUCCUCAGGAACCCCUGCAUCUCAGCUGUAUCCACAGUCUCGGGGGCUGGUUCCCAAGUAAAGCUGGGGCUCCUCUCCCAGGGCAUGAGCAGCAGUAUUGCUUUCUGAGAGAAGAGAUGAGCAGGAAGCUACAGAGCAGACUCGAGCCCAGACUCAGAACUGUUCCCCUAAGGAGAAGCAGUGGCCUCUGCAGAUUAACCAACUCAGUCUGCUCGAAUGUGCUGGCCCUAAUCUGGCACUCAUCUCCUCUGGAAAAUGUUCUUUAAAUAGCAUCUCAGAAAUGCAUGGGUAAGGUAAAGUGCGACGAGCAAGAGAACGACCAUGACUUGCUUCCCUUCUCCCUUGCCUUCUCUCCACCCCUACCCUCUUUUAUCCCUUCUUUUCUAUCCUGUUUUCACAUUGGGCUCCCUGCUUAUUGAACAGUGGGGCAGAGUCAAGGGUCCCCUUAGCAGGACUAUGUCUUUGGAGCCUCAGGAUGAAGUGACAGUGAGGUUGAAAAGUGAAAGCCCUAGAACUUGAAUAUGUGCCUGAUUCUGUAGGAAGAAAUGAGGAAUCUCAUUUGGAUCCAAGCCUAGGACAUGAUCAGCAACCUUGCUUCCAUGCUUCUCAUGAAGAAGUGAAUCUGCUUUUGGGAUCUGCUGAAUGAGAAACUCUCUUCCAAUUUCUGCUCCUGAAAGAUUCAAUGUCAGAAGCAAUAGAAAUAGCAUUCUUUUUACCUCCUUGGAGAGUUUAGGAAAAUUGCUUCUUUCAGACCUCAAGACCAUUACCAUCCUGUGAAACCUAAGUCUGAAAGCCAGUGCCAUGUCCUUCCACCAUGUCACUUUACUUUUCUUCACUUGUCACUAUCUUUCCCCGUGCGUGCACACUCUGAGCAUCCUUAAAUAAGCCUGUCCUGUGCCUCCAGAGUGUGCUUAGUAGUGGGCCUGUUUCAUGGGAGAAGGGAGGCUGGCUCUGCCUUCUCUGAUGGAACUAAAAUUUGGGGAAAGCAACAUCUAGUGGCAGUUUUGAAUUCCCCAUUUUCUUCCAUACUGGCAGGAAGAGCAGAAGAGCAGAUAGGCAGAGGCAGAGCUGGAGACAGGAGGCUCAGAGUAGUGGGAAGCGAACACAUACAGGCGGAAGCAAAGGAGUACUGCUUGCCUUCAGGACUCAUGGGAUCCUAGAGCUGGGGCUUCCGCCAGGCAGACUGUUACUCAUUUUCCCCCAAGCUCAUAAGUGUGUGUGCACAUUGUGUCUGUGCCCUGUGUGCCCAUAUGUGUCUGUAAGAGACAGAGACCAAGAACUUGCCUAAUUUUAGAAAAUGCUAAUGUGCAGUUGUUUCCUUUUGUCCAUCAAAGGCCUAUUGAAUGACUAGUCCAGGCUGGAGGCACUCCUGUGUGGGUAUCUUAGUCCACGAGUCAAGCCUGAGGGGACAUUAUGAGUCCCCAAGUCUGCCACACUGGCACACCCUGCUGGCAUGGUGUCUCAGGAAAAUGGUGACUCAGGUGGGCCUUGAGUUAUAUUUUAACUCAGCUGCUCAGUUCCCAGGACCCACUUCUGGAUCAGAACCCAUGAGAAAGAGGAGGUACCACGUGCAAUGUCUUAGCAAUCUGGAAAACAGGUCUGGUGUUCGCAGAUCUCUCUUUGUUAGUAAUCAUUCUUUCUGAACCCAGGGCCCUAUUCAGUAGUUUCCAGAGCAUAAUGGAGCCUUCUUUUUGUGGGAUCAAACCCUGCUUUUUCCUUAUUCACUAAGAAUUUGCCUGUUUGAAUAGGAACUAAAUGAUGUAGUCUAAGAUGGUUAUCUGCUGGUGAACGUGUCUCUCACACUACAUUCCUUUGAAGCUAGUCUGAAAUCUGUAGGGUGAAAA